AUGUACGGACUGCUGUGUUUGCUUUUAUUCAGCUGUGCAUAUGCGCACGAAUAUAAUGCAGUCGAAACCGAAAUGUUCGCGAUACCAAUAAGUCCUAACCUAUUUAAUUGGACAUACCAAGAGUUCGAUCAGCAAUACCGCUUCCACGCAUCUCUAAUAGGCAAACCUGAACUUCCGUCAUGGUUGCGGUACAUCUACAGUGGAAGACAUCACUCAGGGUUCAUUUUUGGAACUCCACCGAGAGGCACUGAAUCGCCUAUUACGUUAGAGGUAAUUGGUUUAAAUCGUCAAGACUAUGAAACACGAAGAGUUUUACUGACCCUCCGCGUUCAACCAAAAUUGAAUAUGGCGAAGCAUGAAGUGGAGCUUAAAAUUGAUAAUCUAAAUGUGGAGGAUUUACUGGAUGAGCACAGAAUGACCCGCCUCAAAGACAUAUUGCGAACAAAGUUAUGGACGGAAAGCAGUGGCGACCUCUACGCUACAUUUUUAGCAUCCGCUAUUGACUUAGGUGCCAGACAUCCAUUGAAACCUAGUGAUGGAGAAGGCCUUGUUGUCCGCUUAGGCAGCAUAACACCCUUCUCAAGUGAAUUACAAAGACUGCGAGAAGAAGUGAGACCGCUGUCUCGUCUCCCGAGCUGUCCUCGUGAAUUCAAACGUACUACAGUCGAAAGGCUGUUUAGAGACGCUGGACUGACGCUUGACUGGUGCAGCUUUGAACUGUACAACACAGUAUACAACGACCGCAGCACACUUCGUUUGGAAUACUUAACGGAAAUACCAAAUACAAAAGUGGAUUCAAAACUUCCUCUAAAAACCAACUCUUGGUCAGCUCCGAGCAGAUACGAUCUGCCCAGUAGAAGUUACAUUCACCAAGUGUCCGUGACUAUAGCUGUUCCAUUAGUGCUGAUGCUGCUCUCUGUUGCCGCAUUGAGUGCUGUUCUCUGCUUCCAUUAUGCUUCUAUGAGAGAUCCAGAAUCAGAACGCUUUUUGAACGACAUUUUUCAUAUCUGUAUAGAUUAUAGAAAGAGGAGAGCUAAUAAAUCAGCAAAAGUCGAGCUUUGCAGAUAUGGAACUGGCAACACUGAGCAAAGCCAAAUAGCCGAUGAUAUAAGCACCAAAAGCUUAGGAACAAGCCCAAACAACAGCUUACCUCGCCCAUACAGUCCAAAGUCAACGACGAACUUAGCUGGAAAUUACAAUCGACCACAGCCGCCGCCCUACCUCGCCUCGGCCACCAACUCCCUCCACCAUCGCAAAUCUCACACACCAUUGCACACCCCAGAACAUCGCCAUCUCGCGCUAGAAGAAUCCCUUAAACUUCUAAACGAAGCAAACAUCACAGAACUUGAUAAUUUAUUGAAGAACCCAAUUGUCGAUUUCAACGACGGCGCUGACGACUACGUCCCAAUAAAACCGGAGUUUGUAAAACCUGAAAUCGGUUUUACGGUUAAACCGGUUAAUGAGGAUUUGGCCAGGUAUGGUAUUGCCGGCGUGGGCCCCAUUUGA